AUGGCGUCCAAGUCAGAAAACUACGAUCAUCCUCCUGCUUCGUCCCGCCGACCAUCGCUUCCCAGUGAUCAAAACUCUACUGCUAUUGUUCCCGAGAGAGGACACUAUCAACAGCGACUGUGGGAUCUUAUCAACGACAACCCGAACCUGGAACCUGUCGCUCGCAAUUUAGAGGCUCGUAGGGAAGAGGCUCGCAAUUCACAGCGACAGCGCCCAGAUGAACACGAGUCAGACUUGGACACGAUACUUUCCGAUACUCAAUUUGCGAAUCCCACUUCGCGCCUUUUAGACCGAUUGAUUGACGAAGAGUCGAGCGGGACCCCGCGCGACAACCAGCUUUCAGCUCGGCCAAGAGAACGCUUAAUAUAUCUCCGGAAUCUGAUCCAUCAAGAAAGCAACCACAUAAAUACGGAUGAUACCACUCGUGCCUUGGAGACGUUAAACCGAGAGAUCGAAGAUCAUUACCUUGACCAAGCUCGGGAUGGACGCAUCACAUUUCAACAAGCCUUUCAUUCACUUCUAGCGAUUCCCAACUUAAAUUCACGAAGAAACUUGCUGGAUCAACUUCCCCCACGCCAGCCGUCUACUGUGGCUCCUUCCAGUCCUGAGCCCCGCCCACCAAGUAAUAGAGGUCACCGACGCCGUUCGUUCAGACCAGACCUAAGAGAAUCACUUCCUACGCCAUCACUCAUGCCUCAAUCUCAGAACAGCCGCGAUCGCGAACGCCGGCAGAAGCGGCGUAAGCUGGACGCUGACGACAAUCGUGAGGAAUCCCGUGGGUUUAACUAUGGACACCAAGGCCAGGUAGUCCCCGGAGCCUUGAAAAUGGAAAUCGCCAGCUGUGAUGGUGUCUUCAAUCAAGAAGGAGACAAUUUCUUCCCAGGGAAUGUUUUGCGGAAUGAUCAAACUGUUUACAGCACCAAGUCUGACCGUUGCAACGUGAUUCUUCGUCACAGAGAUGAAGCACCGUUUUGCUUGAAGAAGAUCGUCAUCAAGGCCCCUCGUACCGGGUUCGAUUCUCCAAUCCAGGAAGGCAUGGUGUUUGUGUCGAUGACGUCGGAUGAAUUGCUUGCCCGAACCGCUCAGUAUCAGAUCCAGUAUUCCAGCACACGACGCCGACGUGGAUAUCGCCGAACGGGUCUACAACCAUCCCAAGAAUACUUAACUGGGCUCCGAACCCCUCUUCAAUCUCUCGACCGCACCGUGCUUAUGGGCCCUGAUUCCAAUCUGGCCACCGAAACCCAGACCACACAUGAUCCCCAGACUGAAUUCCGAGUCACCACCGAGUACAAUGAAACCGUUGAAGAUAACGUGUUUGUGGAAAGGGAAGAUGACGGUCUGAAUGCCUCGGUCACCACCGAUCCGGAAAGAGCCAACGAACUAGACGAUCUACUCUGUUCCGACACCGAUGACGACAGUCCCAGUGACGACGAUGAAGAUCAUCCAAUGACCCGCCGCCGACUAGAAAUCCAACGCCGAAUUGGCUCCGCGCGCCGCUCAAUGAACGGCGAUUUAUCUCAACGACGCCGCCAACCUCCAAGUUUGAUCGAUCCGAUUCCUCCUCCACCCGUUCCUGGCCCAGCGAUGACCACAUCCAAUGGCGAGGUCCUCAAGCCACAUGCUCGCUUCUUCAUCGAGAGGGAGAAGAGCGUGGUCAGCAUCAAGUUUGAUCCGCCUCCAUCUGGUCGUUUUAUAUUGAUCAAGCUCUGGAGUCCCCGCAGUGAUGGAAAUAUUGAUAUCCAAAGUAUCAUUGCCCAUGGAUAUGCGGGUCCAAGAUUUUUUCCAGCAGGCGGAUUCCGAUGA